AUGGAUUUGCGCACGAUUAUGAACAGCGAUGCCGCUGGCAACUCGCAACGUCCUCCAUCACCCCCGUCGCACCGGUCACCGCCGCAACUUACUCGCAAGCCUUCUGAGCCAAUCUAUCCCUCACACGAUCAAAUUCCGUCGUCGUCAUCCCCCUCGUCCUAUCCUCCCGGGUAUCCCAACGGGCCAGCGCAGCAACCCGCGCCGCUCCAGCGCUCCCAAACCUCUCCAGAUAGAGCUCCGUCAUACGGCUCACUACAAUCGCCGUACCAGUACAACCCUGCCAGUGCACAAUCUCAGCGCGGUCACAGUCCACCUAUCCCGCCUUACGGCGCAUCCGCUUCGCGUGACUCUUUCGCCGCGCCGGCAAACUACCCUCCGCAACAUCAUCCGUCGCACCAGCAAUCGCCCAUCGCUCCCCAGCGCUCCCAGUCCAUCCAGUCUGUUCUCUCCCCUUAUCCCCCCGCCUCGCUCUCAUACCCGCGCAGAGAGAGCUCUCCCGCCGCGCCCCAACAACAUUCGUAUCCACCGCAACAAUUUUCUCCCGCUGCAGCACAAGGAUCGCUUCCUGGUACACCGCGAGGUUCAGCUGCCGCUGUCUAUCAUCAUUCCACACCAUCAUCCGCGCGUCCUCACUCCUCUGGCCGUGACUCUCUCUCAAAUCGCGCGUCAAGCCCAUGGGUCGGACAAGAUGUCCAAAUGCACAUGUCGCCGUCGGCAGUUCCGCGCUCCUCGCGGCAGGACUCGCGUACGUUCGACAAUACUCCUCGACGUGCCUCGGUCAUGUCUGAGAGGAGGGAAUCGGAUGAGAAUGUGAGCCCAAAGACGGCCUUUCCUCCGGGGAUCCGACGCGAUAGCGUUACAAGUAGCGACCAGACGGCUUUAUCGCAGCUCCACGAUCAGGAAAAUGGUAUAAGCGCUCAAGGUGGCCGGCUAUCUGACCGAAGCUCUCAUUCCCAAAGCGCUUCCACUGCGCCAAUCGCGUCACAGGUCAAUAGUCCUCCAUCUCAGGUGUUUAUUCCGAAUGAUUCUCCUAGGGCGAAACAAAUUCCGCCAAGGUCCUCAAAGACGAGCUCUAUAUCGGGAUCGGUGCGCAAUUCGAGUCCACAGCCUCCCAAAGCCAAGCGGAGACGGUACAAUGAGCCGCCUAUCUACGCGCGGAGAUCAAUUCGCACGAAGGGGCGGUGCCCAACAAUCCCAAACCAGUUACCUCCUAUCCCGAGACAUUUGCGGAAUUCAUCACAGAACCCCUGGAUGCUGCGUCAGCAAGUCGCCUUGCAAGCGCCUCCUGCUGCGAAGAUCAAGCGAGAGGGUUCAGUUGUAGCUGGCCCCCCGCCCGCGCAACCGUCGCAGCCGUCGCAGCCGUCACAACCGUCACAACCAUCCCAGCUCACACAGCCUUCUGAGCCGCCCAAGAUGAAGAGCUUAGGACCUUGGGAACCAUCUAUUACUGGUCUCUUCCCGUAUGAAGAAGUCACCAAGGUUGUCUGCGACUUUCUAUUCCAGCAUGUGGUCGCGGGUCCUGCCAGCGCAACAGCACAGAGCCAGGGCACGAUGAUCGAAGUCGAAGCAAAGUUGGGACAUAUAAUAGAUCUUGAUCGCGGCGAGCGACUUCGUCUCCCAAUAAUGACUGAAAGUAUUAUCAGUAAAGAUCGAGUCCGAACAAGCUUCGAGAGCAAAAUGACAUUGGCUCAACACCGAGCAAUGAACAACUUCCUCAACGAAGCAGUCAAACGCUCCAUGGUCAACCCAGGCCGAGAACAAAUUGUCUACGCUCACAAAAAGGAACGAGACUCCUUCUACGAGGUCUCCCCGGCCGACCUACCCCCUAUCAUCCGCCAGAACCUCAACCCCCGCCACAAGCCCAAAGUCAGAGUCACCGUCGACCAACGAACAGGCGAAGUCCUCAACAAGAUCGUCAAAUGCCGAGUCGCGGACCUCGACGUCCUCAGCCCGGCAACUUGCGUCGAUUGGCGCGUCAGCGUGAACCUGGAAAUGAAGUAUGACGGCGACAUCUCGAAUCUCCCUCCGGCUGAUUUCGGGCGCGGGCGCGCGAGCGAUCGAAAUAAGGACCGCAUGAGCUAUAGGCAUUUGGCGUACCAGGUGGACUUGACGCAGGUUGCUAGGUCUGAGCCAUCCGCGAAAGGCGAGUUCGAGCACGAACUCGAAAUCGAGGCCGCGGCCUCCGAACUUCAGAAACAGGGCCAGCUCGCAAUAUCCGGGGACCCGGACAACCAAUACGAGGACCUAGUCAAGGGCCUUGUAGACAAUAUUCGCAUUCUGGCGCGGGCGGUACCGCCGUGA